AUGAUAAGUUUUUGGCGUCAAUUACGUUUUCUUCUAUGGAAAGGAGUUCUCAUAAAGAAAAGACAAAAAUUCUGGUUGGCCAUUGAGAUUAUUGUGCCCAUUAUACUAUUUGCCAUAUUAGCUUUGGUACGAACUAAAGACUUUACGGAUUCUCGUCUACAAUGUCAUUAUGAUUCAAAGGGUUUACCUUCAUCUGGCAUUUUGCCAUUUCUUCAUUCAUUCUUAUGCUCAUUCUCAAAUGCCUGUUCUCAAUCACCCACAACUGGAGAUGAACUGUUAUAUAUAAACAAUGGAACAACUAAACAUGAAUCAAUACUGGUUGACUUCCUGUACUAUUCGUCUUUACAAUUCAAUGAAAUUGGCUCAAACCCUGCACAUUUCCAACUUGUUCUCAAGAAAAUCACCAAAAUCAUUCAAAUUAUAGCAAACAUCGAUGGUACUAGUAUGAGUCCUUUAACUAUAUCCAAUUUCUACGAUCCAACUUUCAAUGUAACUCGAGCUUUUACCGAUAUGGGGGUGACACCAACAGCUGCUUUAGCCAUCACUCAGGCUACUCUAACUUCUCAAUUUUUCUUGGAAACCUUUCAAUUUACAACAUAUAUUAAAACCCAAUCUCUGUUGAGCUUAUUAGUCAAUGAUCCGGAAAUUCCGUUUUUGUGUGAUAAGGAAAGGUUUUCGGCAAGCUUUCAUCUUCAGAAUGGGACAUCCCUUACUUCUGAUGAUAUGGACUCGUUAUGCAAAUUAACAGUCACCACGUUUGCAGCACAUUCAGAAUUCAGAGAUAAUCUCAAACCAAAUUUUCAACAGAAGUUAAAAACAAGAGAUGGAAGCUCAAUAGAAUUACAAGAAAUUAUUAAUUUAUCAAACGAAGUUUAUGGUUUAGUUGGAAAUGAGCCAAUUGUUAAGUUGUUUUCCAAGUAUUCAAACGUUUCAACAGAUGUUGUUAAUUGGCUAUUUUGUGGAAAUAAUCCAUAUGCUACAUCUGCUGCGGGCUUAACACCACCGAAUGUUGGACCUGAAACAGCUUUUGAUAGAAUGAGAAAAUCGCUUAUAAAAUUCAUAGAACAAGUUGUACCAGGCCAGGAUAAGAAGCAUGACAAACAGUUCUGUAAGAAUGUACCUGUGCAUGAGGACUUGAACUGCUCAUCACUAGAGAAUGCUGUAUUGCGGAGGUUGCGACCCAUCUUUCAAGGAUAUAUUUUGGUUUCUCCUCGUUCGUCUCUGACAGAAGAGCUGGUUGAUAUGCUGAAUAUCCCGCUUCAACAGCUGGAUUUUCUGAGAAGAGCUUUUUAUAUAUUUCCUUCAAUAGCUGAUGAAUUUCAAGAUUCAUUGUAUAAAAGUGAUCUGCAUAAUGCAUCUCAGAAUAUUCUUGAUUGGUUAAAGAAAAUUCAUCCACCUACCACUUAUCCAACACCAUGGUUAGAUAGCAUAGAAUUCGUAUUGCAACAUAUAUUCAAUGAUUCUACUGAUCCAGACUCAUUAGGUGAAAUUCUUAAACAUUACAUCGGCGAGAUGAACAAGUAUACAUCGUGUUUCCUUAUGGAUCGAUUUGUGUUUGUGGAUUCUGAUAAAGACAUGGAAGAGGCUGCUGUGUGCCUUAUGGAAUAUGACCAGUACUUCUCUGGAAUAGUUUUUCCGAAUAUGACCUCCAACUCAUCUUCUUUUGGUCCAUUCAAUACUUACAAGAUUAGACAUCAUCCACAACUUGUAGAUAGCACAGAUGCUUUAGCAGACAGCUCAAAACGACCUUUCAGUCGGGAUCAGCCUUUCCAAGAUUUAAAAUACAUAACAUACGGUUUUGUAUUUUUGCAAGAAGCUGUUAAUAGAGCGAUUAUUAAAAUAUCAACAAACAAAAGUGUAAAUAUUGGAAUCUAUGCUCAGCAAGAGCCAUAUCCAUGUGCUCAAAAGGAUAACUUCAACGUGUCUAACUUUCUGGGAUUAUUUGUUAUUUUGUCAUUUCUUAUACCUGCCUCCCUUCUAGUUAAAAAUAUUGUGUUUGAGAAGGAACAUCGUCUUAAGGAACAAAUGAGAAUUAUGGGAUUAGGAGAUACAGUUCAUUUCGUCUCAUGGGCUAUAGUUUCUUUAGUUCUCAAUAUGAUUAGUGUUAUUAUAAUUUCAAUUAUAUUGAAGUAUGGACGAAUUUUCGAUCACAGUGAUUUCACGUUGCUAUUCCUAUUCUUGAGCUUAUUCGCUUUAUCAUCCAUUGCAUUAGCUCUCUUCCUCUCAACGUUUUUCACAAAUGCCAACAUCUCUACAGCGGCUACUUGUAUUGUGUACUUCUUGUUCUUUUUCCCGUUUCAAUUAUCGGUCAAAUCGAAAAAUCGAGUAUUCAGUCAGUUCACUCUCAUGUUUCCUCAAACUACGUUGGGAUACGGAGCACUCAUGUUGGCUUCAGCCAACGAGGCCCAACAAGCUAGCUGGCACUAUAUUCACAAGAUAUACUUACCAGCUUAUGAUGUGUCGUUGAUACAAUGUAUGAUUGCUUUCGCUAUUCAAACAGUGGUCUUCUGUGUGCUAGCAUGGUACAUUAGCGCGAUAGCUCCAGGAGUUUAUGGAGUUUCUCAGCCGUUGUAUUUUCCCUUCACUCGUCGUUAUUGGUUUCCGAAUUCAUGCACUGAAUGUGAAGAAGAAAAUGUUAUUGAAACAUUUGAUCAAAUACAAGCUGGGGACUGUUUUGAAUCAGAUCCACAUGAUCUGAAAAUGACUGUCAGAGUGAAAUCUAUGAGUAAAAUAUAUAAAAGUGGAACAAAAGCUCUGAAUCAAUUGAAUCUACGAUUGUAUGAAAAUCAUGUAACGGCUUUGCUUGGUCAUAAUGGGGCAGGAAAAACAACAACUAUGUCAAUUUUAUGUGGAUUAUAUUCUCCUACUGCGGGUACAGCUUCCAUAUAUGGUUAUGAUAUCAGACAGAAUAUGCGUAAAGUUCGAGAUGUUCUUGGCAUUUGUCCACAAUAUAAUGUCAUUUUUACCUUGUUAACUGUUAGAGAACAAUUGAGAUUUUUCGCUGCCUUAAAAGGAUGUGCUGAUUCAAAACUAGAGGAGGAAGUCAACAGUAUUCUUCAAAGUGUAAAGUUAUCGGAGAAAGCUGAUUGUUUAGCAGGAACGUUAUCUGGUGGAAUGAAAAGACGCUUGUGUAUUGGUAUCGCAUUUAUUGGAAAUUCGAAGUUUGUCAUCCUGGACGAGCCCACAGCGGGUGUUGAUGUGAACAGUCGUAAAGAUAUUUGGAGGUUACUACAAGAAAACAAAAUUGGUCGUACUAUACUCCUAUCAACUCACCAUAUGGAUGAAGCUGAUGUUCUGUCGGAUAGAAUAGCUGUUUUAUCUGAAGGAGAACUUGUUACUUUGGGAUCACCUGUUUUCCUCAAGAACCGAUUUGGGGAAAACUUAGAACUAGUUGCUUGCAAAGCUAGAAAGCAAUUCAACUAUGCUGAUAUAAUUAAAAGCAUUAUUAGUCUUCAUGAUGUCGGCUUAUUCGUAAAAGAUGAGAAUGAAGAGGAAAUAACAUUCAGAAUUCCUUUGACAACUGACUCUUGUGAUCUAGCCAUAUUUUUCGACUCGCUUGAUAGAAAUUUAUCGAAAUUCCAAAUAUCUGGCUACGGUAUAUCUGCCCCUACUCUACAACAGAUUUUCAUCAAACUGGCACCGCAAAGAGAAUAUAAUGUUCCGAAAGUUCAUCGAAGUGUUUGGGCAACGAUUAAAUCUUGGUGGUGUUGUCGAUCUUCCACUAUUGACACUGAAAACACCGUUCUCUUGCGAGAUGUUGUCGGUGGUAGCCAGAACAUAGCUGCUGCCAUACCCACCAACGAGCCUCAGAAUAAUCCCAUCUUCGAGGAGGAUUGUGACCUCAAUAUACCCUCAUUCGUUUCCGGUGGUAUUGCGAAAUUACAUGGACAAUGCAAAGCUCUAUUUGCUUGCAGAUGGCAAUACACAUGGAGAAGUCGUAAGACAACUUUCUUCGAGGUUAUUCUACCGAUUCUCCUUUUGAUGGCUUGUGAACUCUAUACUAAAAUAGCAAUGGGAAAUCCAUCGAGCUCUUUCAUGAUUUCUCAGUUCCCUCUUCCUCUGGUGAAUGGGUUAUUUGGAAACUUCUCAGACACUUAUAUAAAUGUUCUGGAUCGAAACUCAACAACUUAUAGUUAUGGAAUAACCAAAAGCUUGUCGAAUAGUCCCGGGAUGGGAACACGGUGCUCUACAAACCAGCCAAAGCUUUUCGAUGGAAUAAGUUGUGCCAAAGGAGUAGCUUCCGGUUCAUUCAAUUGGACGAAUGAUGGAUCUUCUUAUAACUACAACGAGGAUGUGAUAUGCGAAUGUACAGCUAAUAUCGGUUGGAACUGUACAAUGGAAGACUAUCCACUAUGGUCUUUAGAUCAUUUGGAAUUAAACACAACCGAUCGGAUGUGGGACUUGUCCUUCAGAAACCUCUCCCAACUGAGGAUGGAUACACGUUGGUCAAAUAAUGACUCCAUAGAUUCUCCUUACUUCUUGGGAGGGUUUUCAUUAGGACACUUGAGUCUGCGGGCCCGAAAUACGGACCAAGUUCAAACAGAACAGAAUGGCUGGAGAGUUUUCAUCAAUGGCAUAAGCGAAUCUGCAAAAGAGCUUUCUUGGAACAUAUCUUCGAUAAAGCCAUCAAGCCCACUGAUUGAGGAUCCUUUCGUUGAAAAUAUAACGACAGCCUCUUUUGUGGACAACGUUUUAGCCAAUAUGGACGUUCGACAGAAUGCGAAAGUUUGGUUUAAUAACAAAGCCUGGCCUUCAUUACCCAUCUACCUCAGUAAUAUCUAUAAUGCCAUUCUCAGAUAUGAAGAUAACAAACACGAUCCAAAUGACUUAGGAAUAUUGACUAUAAAUCAUCCUAUGAAUGAAACUGUUCGGAACUCUUUUGAUAACACAGCAAUUCAAAAAAUUAUUGUAUUCCGCAUUGUUAUAAUUGUUUUGGUUCUCAGCAUCAUCCCUGCAGGAUUUACAGUGUUUUUGGUUCAAGAUCGCAUAACUGAUAGUUAUCACCUGCAAAUUGUCUCCGGCUUAUCUCGGAAAACAUAUUGGGUGACCAGCUACGUUUUUGACAUGGCAAUAUACAUCGUAGCAAUUGUGGUAAUUAUACUGGCUUACGCUGCAUUUGGAGUUAAGGAGUUUACAUACGAUAGUUCAACUGCUGCUUCAUUCUUCUUACUAUUUUUCAUUUAUGGAUUAUGUGCUGUUCUGUGGGCUUACGUGCUGCAAAGAUGGUUCGUUGUUCCGGCUUUGUCGUUUGUCCUCAUAGCAGUCGGAACUUUCUUCGUCGGAAUUGUUGGCUCCAUGACAGUAAUAAUGAUUGAACAAAUGAUGAAAACGGAUCCAACACUACAACCCUACCAUACAGCUUUUUCAGUAGCUUUCCUAAUAGUACCACAAUACAACUUAGGAAUGGCUGUUUUUAGAGGAUCGUAUGUAUAUCAGUUGGUUCAGAUGGGCGAGAGGUAUUUAAUUGACCUUAACAGGCCUGAUCUUAUCAGCUCUCUUCCUUUACCAUAUAUUAUCGAAUGGAAUCUUAUGGGAAUGCAUUGUGUGGUUUUAUUACUACACAUUUGCAUUGCAGCCAGCUUACUGAUAGUGUUAGAAGGUGGAUCCUUUGGUUUUCUCAGGAGGAAAGAACGAAUAUACACAGAGAAACUGUUGAACAAAGAAGAAAAAACUGAAGAAAACGAUAUAGAGUCAGAGAAAGAGCGAGCUCUAGUCGCAGCAGCAAACAAAACAGAAACAUAUCCACUUGUAGUCUCUGAGUUAGCGAAGGCCUACUCUUCAUCCACCUUAGCUGUCAAAGGAGUUUCGUUCAUUGUUGAAAAGGGAGAAUGCUUUGGCUUGUUAGGUUUGAAUGGCGCAGGAAAGACUACAACAUUCGGAAUGUUAACGGGCAAAAUUUUCCCAGGAGCUGGCUAUAUCUCUUUGAACGGAUCCGAGGUUUCUGGAGGCAACUCAAAAGACUUUACACACAUUGGGUACUGUCCGCAAUUUGAUGCCUUGAAUACGCAGUUAACAACCAGAGAAAAUCUUAUUUUCUUUGCUAGAAUUCGAGGAAUUCCAGAACAGUAUAUACCAAAGCUUGCUUCACGUCUUCUUCGUUCACUGCACCUUAGACCAUAUUCACAUACGUUAACCGGAAGCCUUUCCGGAGGAAAUAAAAGAAAACUAUCUGUUGCUAUUGCUUUGAUAAGCCAGCCGUCUCUGAUUCUCCUGGAUGAACCUUCUGCUGGUAUGGACCCUGGUUCUCAACAAUUCCUUUGGAAAGUCAUUGACAAACUGAGAAGAAGUGGGAAAGCUGUCGUCAUGACUUCUCACUCAAUGGAGGAAUGUGAAGCUCUUUGUACACGUAUAGCUAUUAUGGAUAGAGGUAGAAUAAGAUGUUUAGGAAGCAAACAACAUUUGAAAAACAAGUUUGGGCAGGGGUAUUCAUUGACAUUGAAACUGUGUAACUCCUCUGAUACUUCUGCUGUGGUUAAGCUUUUCAAAAGCUUUGUGUCCGAGGCUCAUCUGGAAGCAGUACACUGCUCAACAAUAUUUUUCCAAAUCCCUCGUGAAUGCAUAACCAUAGCUAAUAUUCUGCAUAAUGUUAAUCGGGUAAAAUCCGAGUAUAAGCUGGAAGACUUCUCAUUAUCUCAAUCAACACUCGACGAAAUUUUCCAAUCAUUGGCUUCUCGGUCAUGGGAAACAUCUCAGAAUCCAUCUCGUGCUACUCAAUCAUCAAUCCUAUCAGCUAUUGAUUGA